AUGGCUCAGACCAUCUUCUAUGGUACUCGACUUGGCCGGCUAGUCAAUUCCACCACCAUGACGAGAUCCUGGAUAUGCAUCUUGGCCGAGUGGACGAUUCACUGGAGAGCCAAAUGGAACGCCGUAUUCGAUGUCAAUGAUACAGAGUCUUCGCUGGAGCAAUGUUAUUACCUCCAACCACAUCCAGCGAGGAAGUUAUGCCUACAUCAAUGGACUAGCAUAUCUCGAAAUCCCAAUACGCACGGAUUCUUAGGCAAGGUCGUAGUCGAGGUCCCCCGAUUUUUCGAACUCCAGGACAAAGCUGUCAGGCAACAUAUCGAACCAAUGUCAAUCCUACAAGCUGUGCCUGGGUAG